AUGACUAGCCUACAGAACCUCUUUGUGGCGAAGCUGCCACGUAACCUCACUGACGCCGACCUACAUCAAAUAUUUGUCCAAUACAACCCCACAAGCGCCAAGGUUAUGCUGGACGCCACAACGGGCAAGAGCAAAGGCUUCGGGUUCGUGCUGUUCGCGUCUGAGGACGCCGGACGCACGGCGUACGAGAAGCUGAACAAGACCCAUGUCACGCUGCACGGCCACAACUUUAAUCUCUGCAUCUUCCCGUCGAAGCACGAUGGCAAGGUCGCCAUGGAGGAAAGCAACGCCCUCUACGUACGCAAUAUCCCGCUGAAGCUGUCGCAGGCGGAGGUGGAACAGUUUCUGCGCGGUUUCGGUCCGCUCACCUACUGCGCGAUGCGCGAGGACAACUUCGGCGGCAGCGUCUGGGUAGUCUAUGCCGAGUUCGACAGCGUCGAAUCCGCCAAGCGUGCCCUGAUGAGUUUGCACGGUAACCGCACCUACUUCAACACGUCGGUUGCCAUCUUGGCCAAGUACGCCGACUCGGAGGAGACGAAGCGGGAGCGUCGUCGUCGGCGCGAGCAGCAGCAGGCGGAACAGCAGCACCUCGAUACGGUACACAACUUUGGUUCUCCAACGACCGGUCUCGAUAGCAACAAGGGAUUUGCUGUCCAGAGCCAAAACACGCCACUGCCGCCUCCCCCGCCCCCGCCGAUGCGUACCAGCCCUGGCCACAGCAGCACCGGGAGCACCCUCGCAAGCUCCUACUCUACCUCUGAUAUGCACAAGGAGGGCACCGGCGCCUCGCUGCACCCGCCGACUUUCGCCAGCAUUUCCCACCACUUCGCCCCUGGCCGUCAUGGAGGCGGCGGCCCACCGCCAGCAAUGGGCCAGCCCGCAGCGCCGCCGGCGUCGUCGAUGUUGGCAUCGUCCACGCUCCAGCCCACACAGCCGGUGUCCGGCCAGCCCCAACAAUCUCCCACUCCCAACUCGGGGUCCUUCCUCAACGUUAUUUUUAACCCCACCAGCGCAAACAACUUCGGCAACAGCUUCACCCACUACAGCGUCCUUGACCAGACACCGAGCCGCAGCUCUCCUGGUACACCGCUGAACUUUAGCUUUGGCCCAGAAAUGGAGAACUCUGGGGCCCUCGCCAACGGCCUCGGUACCGGCAGUCACGCGAUGCUGAGCGCGAGCGGGCACGCGCCCAUGACCCCGGUACGUCGCAGCAGCAACUUGAGCACAAGCGGCAGCUACCGUCACAACCCGUACGCGCCGGUCACGCCGGUGUCCUCGACGCACAACUCCACUGGACCCAGCACCCCUUUAGUUUCCUCCAUUGCGUACCCCACAGCGCCGCUCGCGAUCAUGCAUUUUGGGGCGUCGCACCAUCUUCAGGGCUCGCCGGUGGCGCUCCACCCGCUGGGACCGGGCAUAGGCGUCGCGAAUAACCACUUUGCCAGCCGCGGGAACAACGCAUACCUGGCCGCACCAGCAAGCUUCAACGACCUAAGCCACUAA